CGCUUUUGAUCAAGUUUGCUUGAGCUUUUUGGAUGAAUUUCGAAGUGCAUUCGCUCGCCAUCACCACAGAUCCGUCACAGACGCGCGAGGCUGUCUCGGCUCUCUUGCAUACCAUCCUGUUUCAUCGCGAGUUUGGCCGCGCGCGUCCGGUCGACGUCGAGUGCGAAUCCCUCGAUUUGACCUACGUGCGCGUGGAUUCCGAGGAGGUGGCAGCCACCGUCAACGAGAAAGUGGCGCAGUUUGCCAAAAUGUUUGAAACAAGUGGCUCGUCGCGAUCUCAGCUGUCGCUCUCCUUUUACGAGAUACAACGGAAAAAGACUCUGUUCAAUUUCAAAGACGAACCUGUAAACUGGGAGCAAUGGAAUGUGAUUGUCACGCAGCGACCGUUUCUAAGCGAAGCCGAACGGGCUUCGUACUCGUCAGCAUUGACAAGCGAAAUUCACCGCCACGUCUCGACCAUCAUUUUCAUUUGCAAUUCCAAGCAAGACCACAUCCCCGUUGUCAAGAACGACACAUCCGUCCCAUUUCCGUUCGAGAUCAUCCUGCCAACGGUCCAAGAAUCGUGGGGCUUCGAUAUGAUCAAGCGAGUCGUCUUGGACUCCAAACCAGGCCCAUUAUGGACGUGAUGGAGUUCAGACAAGUUUGUUUUUCUUGUACAGUUUUUUUUGGGUGCUUCUGCCCCCCAAGUUAAAAUCGUAGCAUUUCAUUUCAUUUUCUUAACAAAGCCAUAAAAACACAAAGUAAAUCACCAGAUAAUAACAACAUCAUCA